AUGAAUCUGUAUAGGAGUUUCGGGUGUCUGCUAGAGACCUGGGUCGCAGAGGGAUACCCAGCCGCAGCUUUCCUUGGUGGGGGUUCGGAGAGUCGCCUAGAUACUAACGGCAGUUACUCCACAUCCACAGACACCGUGAGGUUCCCGGGAAUCACGCUUCGGUCGGAGUCUGAGGACUCUGGCGUGGAGCUGCCGUCAGUGGCCAGCGCCCAGACCCCACUGUCCAGCACACCCAUACAGACCACCGAAGAUACGCCACCCUCCUCUUCCUCCCUAGGUCCAUCUCGGUGCUCCUCCUCCUUGUCGUGGCUCUCCAGAGGAGCUGAGGGGUAUGUGGAGUCAACCACAGCCAAGGGAGGGCCAGUGGAGCAGGCUUUGGACAGAGCUAAGCCAGCCUGGAGACAGGAUACAAGGAAGAGCUCCCCAGAGCCAGGCGUGGACGAGGGUACCCGCCGGCGCGCUCACACAGUCUCCAGCUUCCGAGUGUGCCAUUGCGCAGGAGAAGCUUACCAACAGCCCACCCAUCAACAGGGUUCGGCAGAAAACCACCAACGAACACACACAGCACAGCCGCACGCCCUCAGUACCACAGACUUGGCAGAGGCUGAAGGCAACACAGAGACGGGGCUGUCUCCUGGCCUUCUCUACCUGGAGCAGGUGUGCCAGGUGAUGCAGGAGAUGGCCAGGCUGCAGAAGAUGAACCGGAGACUGCAGGCGGAGGUCGAGACUCUCCGAGACUGCCGGCGGGAGACUGAGAGGAAGUCUGUUUGUUCGCAGCAAGGUGCAAUUAACUGUGCAGACGGAGAAAGGCCGGAGCUCUGGGGUCUGGAAGAACCGCCUGACUUCUUGUCUCAUGCCUUCCGCCGCAGGACUGUGUCUGACACACGAGCUUUUCUCCAGCAGCAGAACCGAGCUAAAUCCUCCAAAGGUGGACAGUUCAUGUCCACAGAUGUCUUACUAGAGGAACCCGAGAACAUCCGGCCGGCAGAGGAAACUAAGACAAGAAAGUUUAGUAGAAGCCUGAAGCUACAGAUUACCUCACUGGGAAGGAAUGAGAAGUCAAAACGCUCUGUGACAGGUGACAGCUCCAGUAGUGAGAAGACAACGUCACUAAGACAGCUGUUCAGAAGCAGGAGAAGGACCACUCGACUGUGAGAGUCUCACAGUGCCUUUAAUGCAAGAUCAACUGGCGGAAGACCCAUAGCAGAAAUGAACCUAGGGUACACUGUAAAGGAGUCAGCCCUGGAAAACAGCUCUUGUUAAAAUUAUUUUGUGUUUUUUACACAGAUUCCAACGUCUCGAAUUAAAGUUGCACCCACACACCUAGUGCUCACUCAGAGUCUCCACUGACAGCAGGAUUUUGUUCGGCGGGGCUUUAAUCUGUGAUUAGGAUACCAGGCCUGAAUUAUGGGAUUACUUCAGGUGUUACAGCAAGUGUUCAAAUUGCAUCAGCAUUGGUAUGGCAAGACCUAAUUCCUGGGUGAGGUUAGAUGUGAGUUAGGUCAGUAAUACAGACUGGAUCCAGCCAGUUUGUUCCUGUCCCGUGUGUCACCGUGAUUCAGUGUGAUCUGAAUUGAUGUGUUAGAACUGCUUAUGAAAGCACUUAUAAUGCCACACACCUAUGGUAUACCACUGCAUAAGAAUUAUGACAGUGGAAAGAGUACCUGUUAAGAUAGUAAGUUUCUCCUUACUCUCGUAUUUUGCCUGUUGUCAGGACUCAUUUUUACAGCUUAGGUUAAAGAAUAUGGAUGUUACAUUCUUAAAACCCAGAGCAAUCUCAGUGUGCUUAAGGAAAUGUAACAUGUGUUGCAAUAUUUUGUAUGUGUAUUCCAAAAAUCUAAGCAGAAUAUAUUGUAUGAUAUAUUUAAUAUGUACCAUUUUUGUCUGCUGCUAAAAUAAUGCCAAGAUGAGAAGACAGAGAGGAGUUGUAGGUGCUUCUCUGUCAGCACGUUUCCAUGACUGUGAGGUGUUCUCUCUGUGAGAUGUUCUCUCUGUGAGGUGUUCUCUCUGUGAGAUGUUCUCUCUGUGAGGUGUUCUCUCUGUGAGAUGUUCUCUCUGUCAGAUGUUCGAUAUGUUAUGUGUUCACUUUGGAAUGACUAGUUUCUUUCAUGUUAAGAUAUUCAGUGUAAACAUUCCUUUCUCUUCCUCUCAAAAUAACAAAAUAAUCACUGAU